CUCUAGUCCACAGGUCAGGAAUACUACACUCGCGGAUCCAGAAACCACCGUCCGGCUUCACUACACCAAGCCAGAGCCACACCGCAAUCCUCGGAACCAGCCUACCGCGCCGGGUUCGCGGGUCUCUGUGUUCCAGUCGCUAGAGUCAGUCAUCAUGGAUAGAACGCUGGUGCUUUUCGCCGCGAGACGGUCCUGCAGAUUGCUAAUCUACGUAGCACGUAGAGUGCUCGACUGCUAUGUGCCGGUAGUGAGGUUAAGCUCUCGCAGCCAUGGCGACGGUUUUAGGAGUAUCAGAAGGAGAGAGCGAGCGCGUGGAGGUGGUUCCAGACACGGUAGUGAAAGUAGCGCCGGUUCAAGACACGGUAGCACCACCUCCCAGCGAAUCCUCCAUAGUCAGUGAAAGCCGCUCGGCACGCAGCGAGCGAGUGAAGGUCGCGUGCCGCUUGCGACCGCCAUCGCGAAUCGGACCUCUCGCCUGGACGGUCGCUGACAAUACCGUCGUUGCAGCUCGCAAUCCCCACGCCUUGACGCCAUGCCCGUCGCCUCAACCCACUCGCCGUUCCAGCACCUCCUCCUCCUCCUCCUCGCACUCGCUUCACUCAUCACAUGCGUCGCAUUCACUGCAUUCGUCGCAUGGGCCACAUGGGUCGCAUUCGUCGUCGUCGCGUGUCCCCCCGUCCGCGGCCAUGUCAGCCCAGCGGCUGCAGCCGACUGGCCCGCUUCCUGCCAAGGCGCUCACCUUCGAAUUCAACCACGUGUUCGCCUACGAUUCGUCCAAUUUCGAGGUGUACAAUGAGUUCUGCAAGGGAGCGGUGGAGAGGGCUGUGGCGGGGUGCAGAGCGGUGGUGCUGGUGUACGGGCAGACGGGCACAGGGAAGACGCACACCAUCAGCGGCAGCACUCUUGAAGCCGGCGUCUUUCACCACGCCAUGGCUGAUAUAUUCCGGGCGGCACGGGACAACAUGUCUCGUCAUGAUGCCAGCUGUCAGCAUGAUGACGUCAGUGCAUCUCGAUGUGAUGAUGGGAGCAAGUCUCAGCAUGAGACCUGCCAUGUGGGAGCAUCACAAUGCUCCACGUCAGCCGUGCGGUGUCAGCCAGCAGCAGACACGUCAGCAGCGGUGGAAAACGCCACGUCAUCAUCCUCAUCCUCGAGUGGCGGGUCACCAGCAGCAACACGAUCUCCACCGUUGAUGUGUUUCCUAUCUGUGGUGGAGAUUUACAACGAGAGGGCCAUGGACUUGCUGCAGGGUGUGAAACCCAGCUCAGGGCAGACGAAAGCGAAUGGGAACAGCUGCAGUAGCAGCUCUAAGAGCAGCACUGGCGGUGGUAGCACAACCAGCAGCAACAGCUGCAGCACAAUCGACAGUAGCAGCAGCAGCAGUGGCGGCGGUUGUGGUAGCAGCGCUGCUGGCAGCAGUAGCAUGGGAGUCGGCACCAGUGGCAGCAGUGCAAUCUUGUACACAGCAGAGAGGAAGCCUAUAACGGAGCAUCAGCUGAACUCAUUAGAGGAGGCAGCAGUGGCGUUUGAGCUAGCCGGUCAAAGGCGCAAGGUGCGCGGCACGAGCAGGAACAAGCAGAGUAGCCGAUCGCACACGCUCUAUGUCAUCCGGAUUCGGAGGCGGCUGCCUGGUGGCCCGGCUGUGGGCGAAUUGAAGGGGAGGGUGAGAGAUAGCGGAGAAAAAGAGCAGGUUUCAAGGGAGAUGAACGGUUCGGAUAAGGCCAAGGAGCCACGUGGAGAGACUUGCCAUGUGGCAGCUGGAGGCGAUGGUUGGGCUGAUGUAGGGAGUGGGGUUGGUGGUGGUGAUGAUGCUGGUGGUGGCAAGGAGCACGAAUUGCCGUUACUGUGUCACGGCUCGCCCACUGGAGCGUGCGCUGAAGCACAGCAUGGUGACGGGCAGAGCACUCAAGGGCCACGGUGCUAUACCGAGGAGCUGUAUAUUGAAGGGCACUAUAGCGAGGGGUUGCUGUACCUGGUCGAUUUAGCAGGCAGCGAGAGCUGCAAGGGAGAAGAGGGACCAGUAGCACGGGCAGCAGCAGCAGCAGGAGGAGGAGGGAGGGAGCAGCAGCUGGACGGGCCGUGGUGGGGGGGAGAGAGCCCCCUGGUUCCGCUUAUCACUGGCCUUCCCAAGGGACCCCUCCUGCCGCCUCUGGCCCACCGCCAGAAGCAGUACCUGAAGAAACAGGGGCGGACGCAUACCCGGCAGCAGCAGCAGCAGCAGCAGGUGGGGGGGCAGAGGCGGGUGGGGCAGAGGGAGGCGAGGAGGAGGGAGACGGAGAGCAUCAACAAGAGCCUGCUGGCCCUCACAUCCGUCCUCACACACCUCAGCCAGGCCCGGCCGGGCCUCCCGCCAUACCGCCGGUCUCUGCUGACGCGGCUGCUGCAACCGUGCCUGGGAGGCAGGUCCGGUGGUAACAACGGUAACGGUGGUGGCAGCAGUGGUUACUGUGCAGUGCUGUUCUGCAUUGACCCUCAAGACAUCCACGUCAGCAAGACCACUCUCAGGUACUCUGCCAUGACUCGGCGUAUCCGCAUGGACUAUCGCCCUUCAAUACUGUCACUGUCAGCACCUAAACACGCUCCUCCAACCGUCCACAAGCCAGCCGCACGCAGGCUAGCUCAAGGGGCGCCGCACUCUAGGGGUCUUUCAUUGGGGCGCCAGGCGCCAUCGACUUCAGCAAAGGGCGCAAAAUUCGUGGCUGUGCUUCAGGAAAAGGGAAGGAAAAGGGGAGCAAGUCAGGGGAGCGAAGGAGAGAACGAGCAGAAGGGUGCGCUGGGUGAUGCAACAAGGGCGAGUGGGGAGGUGAGGGCGUCAAAAUCCGAGAAGGGUGCAGACGGGAACGAGACGAGAAGUGGGGUGGAGGGCGGGAUGGAGGCGCAGGAGAAGAUAAAAGUUGAAGACGAGGCGGGAGUAGUGGUUGAGGAGAAGGGGGAGGGAGUGGAGGAGAAGGGCAGAGAAGUUAGAAAAGAUGGUGAGAAGGCGGAGGAACGGAGUCAAGUGGUUCAGCAAGAGCUCAAAGGCGUACCUCCCCCGCAGCAGCAGCAGCGGCACAUGCAGGGCCAACUGCAGACCUCCCACCAACGCGGCAUUCUGGUGAAGACACAGCAGCAGCACGUGCAGAGCCCAUGGCGCAACAUGCAGAGGCCAAGGCAUGUGGACCGCAGAGAGCAGCAGGUGUGGGCGUUGCAGCAGCAGGUGCAGCAGCUGCUGCAGCACAACCAGCAGCUGCAGCGGCAGCGGCUGCAGCUGCUGCUGCUGUGGCGCAGGGGGGAAGUGGGCAGGAAAGGAGGACUGUGGAUGGGUGAUGGAGAGAUUAAUGAGGUGCGGGUUGAAGGGGUUCUUGAAGGCAUGGGUGGUGUAAGUGGCAUUGAGAAAUGGGGAUCGGCAACAACAGCAGCUGCUGCUGUAAGUAGGUUUGAUACAUGGGGGUCAGCAACAACAGCAGGUGCUGCUGAGGCGCCACUGGCAGCAGGCGUUGACAUUUCGUCUGACUCGGGCAGUAGUUCCGAUGGGGCCUCAGACGUGGUGAAUGUCUCCACAGAGAAUGUGACGCUAUGGCGGGGAGAGGGGGAAGAGCGAGACAAGGAAGGACGUGUGGGGGAAGGAGGAAGGAGGAGGAGGAGGAAGGGGUGGAGCUGUGUUGGCAGCCAAUGUUUUGAUCCAGCUGCUGAGCCAUAUCGUACGCUGUCGUCUGUAUCUAAGGCAGGUAAGGCGCUGCUGGGGCAAGUGACUCAAGCACGUGUGCUUCAAGACAGUGUGCUUCAAAGGAAUGUGCUUCAGGAUCGUGGAAUGAAAGUGCAAGCUGCUGGGAUGGUGUGUGAGCAAGAGGAAUCUGGGGAAGCAGUGAUCGAGUGGUACAAUGGCUACGGUGACUACAGCGAUAAGGAGAAUGCUUCUAGCGAGUAUGAACGGUCCAGGCUGAUGUGUGGAGAUAAGAAGGUGGGGCAGUGGCAAGAUGAUGCUGCUACUGAUGAUUCUGCGGCAAAUGGCUCAUCUACAUUCGAUACGGCUCACAGCGGUGACAGUGACAGUGGCUGUGCUUCUCCUGGUGCCAGCAGUCUUUCUCCCGACAGUGGCAGCGGCAACGUCUCUCCCAAUAGCUCCUGCUCCGACCCUCUCUUGCCCGCUGCCCCCCUCGCCACACCCACACCCACAUCCACAUCCACAAGCACAUCCAAGUUCUCAUUCGCUUCCGCUUCCACCUCCACUUGUGCCUCCUCAACGUCAACAACAGGAUCAGCAACCACCCCAGCAUCCACUUUCUCCAUACCCAUCUCUCCCCGCAUUAUGCCUUCGCCGCCUGAUUUAGAAUUGCCAUCACGGUCGCCAUCGACCUUCCCUGGCAUGCGCAAGACCAGGACCAUUGCUGGACAGGGGAGUUUCAGGGGUGCAUGGGACCGGGAUUGCAGCAACCCACCUGCAUUCAAUGCUGAUCCGCAGACCUUGCAUGUGUGCACACCCCCAGUCAUCCUCCCACAUGUGCUCUCCCCGUAUUUGCCGUUCAUGAUAACAAAACGCCGAGCUGCCUCUGGUUCUGCCCUUCCUGCUGCUGCUCCUGCCGCUCCUCCUGCUGCUCCUGCUGCUGCCACACCUGCCAUGGGCGAUUGUGCCGUUGCGGAGUUAUGGUGUGACUCCAUCGAUCGUGACUGUGGCCGAGUGAACCCAUGGAAGUGUGCUGCCUUUGUGUGCACAGCCAUGCAGUGUGUUGCGCUGGAUGUGCAGAGCAGAGGGGACGGCGAGGAGGGAGAAGAGGAGGAGGAGAAAGGGGCGUUAGAUGAAGCGGAAAUCCGUGUGAAGCAAGCAGAAGGAGUGAAGGGGUGGAAGGCGGAAAUGGGCAUGGAAGAGAAUCAGGCCAUGGAAGGAGGCAGGAGGAGAGCGAAGGUGAGGCCCAUGCCUGUGGUUCUGCAGCGCUGGUUGGCAAUGGCAUGCAUGUGCUUCAGCAGCCAUGGUGACUUGAGUACGGCAUGUUAGAUUCGAGGCCACGGUGACUUGAAUGCAUGGUCAGUGUAUUGAAGCCGAGCCGAGUGGUCAAUAUAAUGGAUGGUAGAACGCGCCUCUCUACGUGUUCCCCACAAAAAGGUGCCUUCGUGCAUAGAAAACCUGAAAAAUAUACCAUU